GCGCACCACGCGCCCCGCGCGGCCCGCCCGGCUCGUGGCCUCCCGAGAGCAAGAUAUGGGAAAGCAGAACCACCAAAAGGAGUGAUGACCAGCGAUCUCAUGAGAAGUCUGGAUGUUAGUUCUCAUGCCUCAGGACAUCCAGUUGGGAACUCCACACCAGCUCCUGGGAUCAGACUUUCAUCCACUUAAUACCCCUGUUUGCCUGAACUACUAGAGCCAGUCCUAGCUAACCACGAAUGGCUACCCAGAGGAAACACUUGGUGAAAGAUUUCAAUCCUUACAUCACUUGCUAUAUCUGUAAAGGGUAUCUGAUCAAGCCAACUACAGUGACGGAAUGCCUCCAUACCUUCUGUAAGACUUGUAUUGUCCAGCACUUUGAAGACAGCAAUGAUUGUCCGAGGUGUGGCAACCAGGUUCAUGAGACAAACCCGUUAGAAAUGUUGAGGUUGGAUAACACAUUAGAGGAAAUUAUAUUUAAGUUGGUCCCUGGACUACGAGAACAACUUGAGCGUGAGUCUGAAUUUUGGAAGAAAAACAAGCCUCAAGAAAAUGGACAAGAUGAUACUUCAAAAGUUGACAAACCUAAAGUAGAUGAAGAAGGUGAUGAAAAUCAAGAUGAUAAAGACUAUCACAGAAGUGACCCACAAAUUGCUAUAUGUCUAGAUUGUUUACGAAAUAAUGGACAGUCAGGGGACAAUGUAGUAAAGGGUUUAAUGAAGAAAUUCAUUCGGUGUUCUACACGUGUAACUGUGGGGACGAUUAAAAAAUUUCUAAGUUUAAAACUAAAACUUCCAAGUUCUUAUGAGUUGGAUGUGCUGUGCAAUGGUGAAAUUAUGGGGAAGGAUCAUACUAUGGAGUUCAUCUACAUGACAAGAUGGCGACUAAGAGGCGAAAACUUUCGGUGUCUGAACUGCUCAGCUUCGCAAGUCUGCCCUCAGGAUGGCCCUUUGUAUCAGUCAUACCCCAUGGUAUUGCAGUAUCGACCAAGAAUUGAUUUUGGUUAGACCACGGGGCCUAGAUCCCACUGAAUGAAUCCUGCACUACGUGUUUACUCAUCGACAGACUGCACAGUGAACGGUGUGUGGACUGGAGGGACACAACCAGAUUUUCAGCAUGCGAAUAAGGCCAUUGUCUGUCUCUAAAUUGUCAGUUGCAUUUUUGUUGUUUCUAUUAAGAGCAAACCAAGUGCCAUUCUGCUACUGAACCAUCUGCAUAAGGUAUCUGUGCUGUCUCACAGUGUACAAGUCAUGGUUGAAGUCAGUUAGGUGUGCAGCCACGAUCCAGCCUUCUGAAUAUUUUGCUUGCCUGUUCCAAGACUGUUCUGUUUGAUUACACUAGUAAUAUGGCUCAAUCUUUGUGGUGUUGCAGUUUUCACAUACUUACUAUUUGAUUAAUUCUUGUUUAAAUAGAGUACUGUACAAGGAACUAAUAAUUAUUAUAUCUUGAAAUUAUUUUGUAUGGGAAAUAUAUUUAGAAAAGUGGUCCUUGAGCCACUGUCCUGUUCUCAAUAAGCUUUUUGUGUGCAAAAUAGUUCACUCUUGAGUGUGCAAGUCCUUUGGGGAAGAAUUCCAGUUGUUCUUUACAUUAGAGCACAUUAUAAUUGUAGGCAUUUUGAGUCAUCUGUCUGUGUAGUCUACCAGUCGCACAGGGAGGGCCUGUUCACCCUCCAGAAAACGUACGUGACUUCUUGGAGAGCUGAAGUGAGAUUCACAACCAUUUGAAAUGUUGGCAGCUGAUCACAUUUACUUCUAACAAAAUUAAUGUGUAAGUGAGGUUAAUCUUUCAUAAUGCCUUAUGACGAGCGGGUGCUGCCUCUUGAAAUGUCAUCGCCUUCAUGUAGCCCACUUUAUGUGUGCAUUGUUAUACUGUGGCUCUUAUCUAAUGAAGUACAUUGGUUCCCUUUUCAGUUGGCCUUAGGUGUGUGUCACUGUGGCAUGCAGAAGGUUAUGAUGAUUUAAGUAUUAGGAUUUUUAGAGCAGGUAACAUUAGCUAUUUUAUGGAUUUCAAAAAUCUCAAAGCAAUUGUAGAUUAAAACUGUUAGUAACCUGUCACAUUUCCAAACCUUAUGUAUAAAAUAGACAAAAUGCAGUGUAAUAGAUAAAUAUGCUAACCAGAAUUAAUGGUUUGAGGAUAUUUCAUUUUAGAUCCUGUAGUAAUCAGGGGGAAAUGGGAUUAUAUUAUUGUUUUACACAUAAGUUCUUUAAGGUCAGAGCUAUGAUAAUGUCCUUGAUUUUGCAUUUUUUUUAAGUCUUCCACUCAUUUUGAGAUGAGUCUGCAAGUCAAAAAAGUCUUGUCACCUUAAAUUAUAUGAAGAACUUCAUUUUAAACCUCUUAACAUUUACAUUAUUUUUCAUAAACUUCUUUGGAAAUUGUUUUACUAAUUGCUUUGAAACUUGGGCCUAUUUCCUCAGUUUCAAAUUUAACCUCUGAAAUACUUAGGAAAUAAUCUUGAAAGUUAGGAAAAAAUAUUUGUUCUAGAAAUCUGACAUGAGCACAAUCUGUGUGUUACACACAUAGUUUUUAUACUGUAUACAUAGUAGAUGUGCUACAUUUUCCAGUAAAAUGUAUCACAAGGUAAUGCCUUCUGAAUCUCAACAUGCUUCUUAGAAAUAAAACAGUGUACGACCAAGAAACACA